ACUUUUUUAGUACUGACAAAAAUACUUGUCCAAUAAUUUAGAUAAAAAUACUUUUACAAGAUCACUUCCCAAAAUAAGUAAAUUCUUAAAGGUUUACCCAAACAGACCAUACCCUCUGUUGAAAUUUCCUGGAAAAUAAUUUCUUACCCUUUCCGCCUCCACUUCUCCAUUCAUCCGUGCAAGUCCUUUACGAACGAUGCUGCAAGAGUUGUAGAAGAGGAAUGGGGAAAACUGAAUAUCUGCUGCAAUUAGAUCUGAAUAUUGAGUUGUGGUACUAUUCAGGAGAAGCGAUGAAUUGAUGGAAUACUCAACCAGCAGACUUUCAGGGAAAAAAACAUUUACUUCUAGGAGGAACAGUAACAUGGUGAAAGAAUCAAAAUCAAACAGUGAAAUAUUCCUACUCUGAUUGUCGAUCAGAGAUCCUAAUUUUGACCAAUCAGAGAAUACCCGUAGAAUGCCUCAAAGCUCAUCAACAAAGACGCACGAUCAAGAUCCGACGGACAUUACCGGACCCACCCUAAAAUCACAGCGUACCAAAAUGGUGAAUACUUCCGAUGACAGUGAAAAAAAGAGUUCUGGUAAGAAGCUGAAAGAGCUUGAAGUUGGUGUUCCAAUAGUGUAUGGAAAUGUUGCAUUUUGGCUUGGUAAGAAGGCGAGCGAGUUCCAGUCUCAUAAAUGGACUAUUUAUGUUCGUGGUGCAACUAAUGAGGAUCUGGGUGUGGUGGUGAAACGUGUUGUUUUUCAAUUGCACUCAAGUUUUAACAAUCCUACAAGGGUUGUGGACAACCCUCCUUUUGAGUUAACAGAAUCUGGAUGGGGUGAAUUUGAAAUUGUGAUGACCCUUCAUUUCCACACUGAUGUUUGUGAUAAGCCAUUACACUUAUAUCACCAUUUGAAACUAUAUCCAGAGGACGAAUCUGGGGCUCUAUCCACUAAAAAACCUGUUGUAGUAGAGUCGUAUGAUGAAAUUGUGUUUGCGGAGCCUUCAGAAUCUUUUUUUGCCCGUGUACAGAACCAUCCAGCAGUCAAUGUGCCUAGACUACCUCCUGGCCUAAAUUUGCCUCCUCCUGUACCUAUAGAAGAUGUUGAUCGAAGGAAACGUGGUGACACCAAAGAUCAUCCUCUAAGUCAAUUGUUCACAAACUUUUCCGAAGCAGACGAAUUGUUAAAACUUACAGCAGCUCGGCAGCAGGUGCAAGGUCAUAUCGCAAGAUUGAGAAGACAGUUGAGCAUGGUAGAUGGUCAGCAUCAACAAUUGAAGCCUGCCUCUGAUCUGUGAAUGUGUAUCAUUGUUAUAUCUACAGUCGUCCAUCCAAUUUUACUCUGCAGACAGCCUUGACGAAAGUGACCGUCCAGUUUUUUCUUCUUCUUAAAAUUGGGGCCGGGGAAGGGGAUUACAAGGUGAGGAAACAAACCCACACCAACAAGGUGAGAGUUCAGGUAGCCAACCAACUGAGCUACUAAGAUUUCCCUUCCCACUUUUCUUCUCCUUUUGCCUUUUUUUCUUUUUCUGGUUAUCUUUGACAGCAUCACAAGAAGAGAUGCAAUAGAUUCAUUUCUUAAUAGAUUGAUACUGAGGUUAGUCCAUUAAUGGUGUUCUGUUACCAUAAUGAAUGUUUUUUUAAUACUAUUUCUGAAUGAGAGAAAUUCAUAUUAGCUCAAUGAGACAUAAUCAAGUUGCAUAAUUUUUCAUGACAUUCAUGGCUUAUGCUUCUCGA